GAUCUUUCUUUUUCAUUCACCUCAUAUCUCAACACAGGUUCUUCGGAGUAAAUUCUAGGGUUUUCUCUUCCCGAUUCCUCUCAUCAGAAUCGGGGAAUACUUCUACAACAAAUUUUUUCAAUUCAUUUCUCAAUUGCUUAUUCAACUGAGUGUGAAUUGGGCUUAAUCGCCCUUUUAUUUUGCAAAUCGAUGAUCAUCAUUGUUCCAUGGAACAAUCUUCACUUCAAUCUACUUCCUCUAUUGAACAAGAUGAAUGGGAUACUGAUGGAUUUGUAAUUCCAAGCUUGGGAAUUGAGAACCCAGAACAAACCGAUUCUGAGCCUCCGAAAUUAGAAGUCUCUAAAUCUCCUCCCUUGAAGGAUUCACUGGAAAAAAUCUACUUAGGACCCCACGGCGCUCCACCCCAACAGAAGCAACAAGAGCAAAACUCCUCCACAAACCGCAAGCAGCGUUUUAAACAGAAGCUCAAAGAAGCGGACAGAAGAGCACACAGCACAGGGCGAGAAAACAAAGUGGAGAGCUUAAAAGAGCUUGUUGGUGACGGUGCUAAGACGGGAAAAAUGAUGAAAGGUUCACCCAAGGAUUGGCUUGACCCACACUGUGAUGAGUCAAUGUUUGACCGACGGACCCGUCAGUGAUCGAAUGGUUUUGCAAGCUUGAGACUCUGCUUUUACUGCUUUGUUUUGUAAACAAUUUCAACCUAUUUAAACUCUGAAGCUUUAAGGAUAAUAGGCAUGAUGUGCCUUGAUUAUAUACCUCUUUAUAUAUCGAUGGUUUUGAACGGUGUUCCAUUCGAAUCUUAUAAA